UAGUCCAAAACCCUUUCAUUCUCCCCGUCUCUCUCUCUCCUUACAGAGAAAACCUCCUUAGCUCAUGGCCGCCGCAGCUUUGCUCCGUUCAAUCCGACGCCGGGACGUCGUCUCCGCUCCUCUCUCCGCCUACAGAUGCUUGACUAACAAUGUCAAGCCCUCAUGGACCCCUUCUAGUCUGGGCAAUAGUUGGGCUAGUUUGGCAAGACCUUUCAGUUCGAAGCCUGCUGGUAAUGAUGUUAUUGGGAUUGAUUUGGGAACGACCAAUUCAUGCGUUGCAGUCAUGGACGGGAAGAAUCCCAAAGUUAUUGAGAAUUCUGAAGGAGCACGGACCACACCGUCAGUGGUAGCUUUCAAUCAAAAGGGAGAGCUACUUGUGGGUACCCCGGCAAAACGACAGGCUGUGACCAACCCGACUAAUACCGUGUUUGGGACAAAACGUCUCAUUGGUAGACGAUUUGAUGAUCCCCAGACACAGAAGGAAAUGAAAAUGGUUCCAUUUAAGAUAGUCAAGGCUCCAAAUGGAGAUGCAUGGGUUGAAGCCAAUGGACAGCAGUAUUCUCCAAGUCAGAUUGGAGCCUUUAUUCUGACCAAGAUGAAGGAAACUGCAGAAUCAUAUCUUGGAAAGUCGGUUUCGAAGGCCGUAAUCACUGUUCCAGCUUAUUUCAAUGAUGCUCAAAGGCAAGCAACAAAGGAUGCUGGUAGAAUUGCUGGCCUUGAUGUUCAAAGAAUUAUUAACGAGCCAACAGCUGCUGCACUUUCGUAUGGCAUGAACAACAAGGAGGGCCUAAUUGCUGUUUUUGAUCUUGGUGGUGGAACAUUUGAUGUCUCAAUUCUUGAGAUUUCUAAUGGUGUUUUUGAGGUAAAAGCAACGAAUGGGGACACAUUCUUGGGUGGAGAGGACUUUGACAAUGCCUUGUUGGAGUUCUUAGUGAGUGAAUUCAAGAGAACUGAGAGCAUUGAUCUUUCAAAGGACAGACUUGCAUUGCAGAGGCUUCGCGAGGCAGCUGAGAAGGCAAAGAUAGAACUUUCAUCAACAUCCCAGACUGAAAUUAAUCUACCAUUUAUUACUGCCGACGCAUCCGGUGCAAAGCAUUUGAAUAUAACUUUGACCAGAUCUAAGUUUGAAACCUUGGUCAAUCACUUGAUUGAGAGGACUAAGGCCCCUUGCAAGAACUGUUUAAAGGAUGCCAACAUCACUGUCAAGGAUGUUGAUGAGGUUCUUCUUGUUGGAGGCAUGACUAGGGUACCUAAGGUCCAAGAAGUAGUUUCUGCUAUAUUUGGAAAAAGCCCAAGCAAGGGAGUGAAUCCUGAUGAGGCAGUUGCCCUUGGGGCAGCUAUCCAAGGUGGUAUUCUUCGUGGGGAUGUUAAAGAGUUGCUUCUCCUAGAUGUUACACCUCUGUCACUUGGUAUUGAGACACUUGGUGGUAUCUUCACGAGACUCAUCAACCGUAACACAACAAUUCCAACAAAGAAGAGUCAGGUGUUCUCAACUGCAGCUGACAAUCAGACUCAGGUUGGCAUUAAGGUACUUCAAGGUGAGCGUGAAAUGGCAUCUGACAAUAAGCUCCUUGGAGAGUUUGAACUUGUGGGCAUUCCACCUGCUCCCCGAGGAAUGCCUCAAAUUGAAGUGACUUUUGAUAUUGAUGCCAAUGGUAUUGUCACUGUAUCUGCAAAAGACAAAGCCACUAACAAGGAACAGCAGAUCACUAUCCGCUCAUCUGGUGGACUAUCUGAUGAUGAAAUCGAGAAGAUGGUUAAGGAAGCUGAAUUACAUGCUCAGAAGGAUCAGGAAAGAAAAGCUUUGAUCGAUAUCAGAAACAAUGCCGACACCACUAUCUACAGCAUCGAGAAGAGCUUGAGUGAAUACAGGGAAAAGAUCCCUGCUGAAGUUGCAAAGGAGAUCGAGGAUGCCGUGGCUGAUCUAAGAACUGCAAUGGGAGGUGAUGACAUUGAUGAAAUCAAGGCUAAGCUUGACGCUGCAAACAAAGCAGUUUCGAAGAUUGGACAACACAUGGCUGGUGGUUCUGGUGGCGGUGCUGCAUCUGGAGGUUCUCAGGGUGGGGAUCAGACUCCAGAAGCCGAAUACGAGGAGGUGAAAAAGUAAAAGUGAAUGAAGAGGCGAUAACUUCAUUUUGAUCUGUUUUAGGAUAUGUGAUUUGAGUCUUGAUUCUGUAUCUAAAAUAUGGAUUGUUCUAGGGAAGUACUUGAGUUUUAUUUUGAGAGCUAGAUAAGCAAAUUGAAGCAUAAAUUUUUCUAAAAAGAGUUCAAUUGUUGACUUUAUAUGAGCUGAGUUGCUGCAUAAUUCUUCUACAUAGUAA